CGUGGUCGCCCCGCCCUUCUGGAGAACCCGGAAAUGACCGAUUCGUGAUCUUGACGCUGGUUUGAACUCUCCUACGUGUGUCGGGACAUAAUGUCUGCAUUAAGCGGCGUCGUGAAGAAUUCGCUUCCUUUUCUGGUAUUUAAUGUUACAAUUGGCCGAAAAUAUUUGCCGUGGUUUUUCUUUGCUCUUUCAUUUGGAGGGUCAUUAUUGAAAGAGUUGUCUGUUGUGCCGAGCUCAUACUUCAGCAGCAGUGGAAACGUUUUGAACGUAUAUUUUGUGAAAGUGUCAUGGGGAUGGAACCUGGUCCUGUUGCUACCAUUUAUAUUGCUGUCCAACUCCUACGACAGAAGCUUCAUCUUCGUGUGCAAACGCCUCACGUGUCUUGUGGUAGCCACAGCCAUUUGGUACUCCUGCACUGAGACGUUCUUCUACAUCGAAGAUGUCACAGGGGUAUGCUACAAGUCAGACAAAAUGGCAGAGAUCUUGGAGGGUUUCAACACAAAGGCCGAGUGCAGAAAUGCCGGACACUUUUGGGACGGUUUUGACAUAUCUGGCCACUCCUUCAUAUUAUCUUACUCAACACUAUUAAUUGUGGAGGAAAUGGUUCCAAUGCUAUACCUUGUGCAACACUACCAAAACAGAACCACCGUCCUUGAUGCCCUGUAUCUUGCACUCAAUGCAAUUGCAAUUAUCUGGGUGUGGAUGUUCGCCUGCACCUCGGUGUACUUCCACAACACUUUCCAGAAGUUUCUGGGCACUUUGUUUGGUGUGUUGGGCUGGUACAUGACCUAUAAGGUUUGGUACAUGAACCCUUUUUCACCGGGACUCCCUCCUCGCCAGAUUGACCGUAAACAACAUGACUAGACUUAAGAGUUUAACUUGAAAUAUCGCAGUGGAACAAACUGACAUGGAAAGCUAUGACUCCAACCUUUUGACCAGGGUUAUUUGCAGGUCUGCUACAUGUAUUGUCAGUCCUAUUAAAAGGUCGUUUGUGACCAAGGGAUUUGUGUGCUUGACUCAUGGAGGUGGUUGGCAGCUGGUGUUCCAAAACUGUCUCUGUAAUUGGAGAGUGUAAAGCUUAAUGUUGCCUUUUUAAAAUAAGUGGCUUCUGAUGGAGGAUUCAUGAAAUCUCCUCAGUGUGCAACUUUACGUAAGUUUGCAUACAAUCAGUGCUUUAAGCAUGUGUCCCAGAUGCUACAAUGUCUGGUUUUCUUAUUGGUGCCUCAGUUUUAAAAAAAAAACAUCCAUAACACUCAGUAUAAGUUCUAGCAAAACCUGUUGCUAAUAAAUGCUCAUGUUGUGUAGUGCCUGUAGCUGAGAUACUGUGUGUGUGUGUGUGUUACCCAUAAUGCACUGGCAGCAAAGAGAUUUAAAGUUUAGUAGACUGUAAUGAAAUCGUUUAAAGUUAGUUUAUCUGUUUUAAAAUGUUAUCUACAGGUACAUCUUUUAAAAAAAAAAAAUAAUAACAAUCUCGUGGAAAAGUUUGUUUUUUUCUGUAAUUUAAUUCAAAAAGUGGAACUUUCAUAUAUUCUAGAUUCAUUACAUAUAAAGUGCAAUAUUUUAGGCCUUUUUUUUUUUUCUUCUUUAAAUCUUGAUGAUUACGGCUUACAGCUCAUGGAAAUCAAAAAUCCAGUAUCUCAAAAUAUUAGAAUAAAGAAUUUAUAAUAUAGUAAUGUGGACCUGAGAAGAAGCGCUCUAAUCAGGUAAUUAACUCAAAACACCUGCAAAGGUUUCCUGAGGCUUUAAUCUCUCAGUCUGGUUCAGUACACAAACACAAUCACGGGGAAGAUGGAAGUAAAUGUUGCAUUUCAUUUGGAAAUCAAGGUUCCAGAGUCUGGAGGAAGAGUGGAGAGGAACAGAAUCCAAGUUGCUUGAAGUCCAGUGUGAAGUUUCCACAGUCAGUGAUGAUUUGAUGAUUUCCAGAACACCUCAGCAGUGCCACAGGCUGAUCACCUCCAUGCCACGCCGCAUUGAUGCAGUCAUUCCUGCAAAAGGAUUAAAGCCCAGAGCGAGUAUCAGUACAUAAAUUAUCAUACUGUUCACAAGGUCGACAUUUCUGUAUUAUAAAUUCUUUAUUCUAAUAUUUAGAGAUACUGGAAUUUCGAUUUCCAUGAGCUGUAAGCCGUAAUCAAGAUUAAAACCAAAUAAAAAGGCUUGAAAUAUUUCACUUUGUGUAAUGAAUCUAGACUAUAUGAAAGUUCCACUUUUGGAACGAAAAUACGGAAAAAAUGUACUUUUCCACGAUAUACAAAUUUUUUGAGAUGCACCUGUAUUGCAAAGAUUGAGGUUAUAUUUAUAUAUAUAUAUAUAUAUAUAUAUAUAUAUACACCACAGCACUGUUGAAUUCUCGAUUCUGAUUGGUCAGAACGUGUUGAUGUAUGUUAAUUUUCAGACUGAAAGGCAAAUUACACGUCUAGAUCAAUGCGCUCAUUUUAAUACGUUAUCGUUGCUAUAGCAACAACUAAUUCAGGGACUUGUACGACGGACACGCACAAAAACGUAUGGAAAAACGUGAGCCGUUGCUGCUGUGGUGAAGUUUUGUGUAAGACGUCUCCAGUGUCGGCGCUUUCUGGAACUGUCUGAGGUAAAGCCGUAACUUUGUUUUCCAAAACAAAAGAGAAAAUUAUUCAAUGUGGUUUCGUUUCUUGGUAAAAUGACAAGUUGUAUUUUUUUAUUUUUUUUUAAAUUAAUUUCAAGCAAGAGUAAUAUUAAAUUAAACUAAAACAUACCAUAUGUUCUUUGAUCAAUGAACAAUUGUUACCAUUUUGCUGAUAUAAGGUGAGUAAAGGGGCUUGGUGGUGUAGGGAAAUAAUUAAAUUCAAGCUUGUAUAAUCAACUACAUCACUGAUUAUUUUCCCAUAACGGUGUGCUCUAUUGUGUUUUAUUCCAUUCUUAAAUUCGCCAUUUAGUGGCGCUCUCAAGUUUUGCUGAGUGCACUGAUUUACAUAGAACAUUGUCUUUCUAUAUUAUUUAAUUAUCCUGAUAUACCUACAGAAUAGGUAGCUACAAUAGUGAUUUUUGCUUUUCUCGCUACUCUCGCGUUUUGAUUCCGUGUCUAUACUUGUAUACUUAUCUAUGAGUUUGAAAUGCACUGUAAAUAUCGCCUAAUUAUGUCAUUCUGUUGUAACAUAACAUGCUUUUUUUGUGUAAGUGUUUGCCCUUAUGAUCAUUUGUACUACUCGGUUAGUUAUUGUUAUUGGAUGAGUAUUGUUCAGCCUUGUCCUGCAUUAUAGAUGUUUUCGAAUGCAGCGCAUCGUAAAAUUACCUCUGACUGUAAUGCAGGUUUUCCUAUCGCAUGUUGUGCGAUUUAUAGUUUUGAAACCUCAACUGAAUCCUUGCGUUACAUGCCAUAUAUUAUAACACUUUGUGACCUUUGUUUGUCAGUUUCAACUCGACUCGGACCUAACAAAAGUGGCUUGUCUUGACUAACCCCUUGAAGUCCCAGUUACCGGCAUUUAUUCUAAAGUAUAGUAUUCAGUUACUAGGAAUUGUGCCGUUAUAGAUAAAAGAUGUAUUGAUGAGUGAGACGUGAGAAAUUGGAUAUGUUCCUGGGAUUUUAAGGGGUUGCACUUUUAGAUGUAUUUAAAUUAGUCAUUGAGUGAUUUAUGAUGACUUAUUGGGGACCUGACUGAAUUAUCACAUUACCAUUUAAAUUCUGUAUUAAAAAUCUUAUGAUUUUGUGGCCUA